CUGUGAAGGACAUGAGAGAGAUCUAGCUAGAGAGGAGGGACACAGAGAUGGAAGUGAUCAUGGCCAAGAUUGAGGAAGAAGAAGAAGUGAUGGCUCCUGGGUUUAGAUUCCACCCUACAGAUGAAGAGCUUGUAGGGUUUUAUCUGCUGAGAAAAGUGCAGAAGAAGCCUCUCCGAAUCGAACUCAUCAAACAGAUUGACAUCUACAAAUACCAUCCUUGGGAUCUUCCAAAGAGCAAUGGGGUGGACGGAGAAAGAGAAGGAUACUUCUUUUGCAGAAGAGGGAGAAAGUACAGAAACAGCAAGAGGCCCAACAGAGUGACAGUGAGUGGGUCUGGUUUCUGGAAAGCUACAGGCAUUGAUAAACCUAUCUAUGGAGAUGGAGAUGGAAACGGCGUCGUAAUUGGCCUCAAGAAGUCAUUAGUGUACUACCAAGGAACUGCUGGUAAAGCCUCCAGAAAAACUGAAUGGAUGAUGCAUGAGUUUCGUCUUCCUCCUCCUAACAAUAACAACGCCAAAAAUAUUUCACAACCUGCUUCUGUUACUGCUGAUGAUCACCAUCUUCAUGAUGCUGAAGUGUGGACACUAUGCAAAAUAUUCAAACGAAUCAAAUCUCAGAAAAAGUACACACAAGCAGCCAUCAAACCCAGCCUAGCUCAUUCAAGUCCUGAAUCAGGCAACUUAAGAUAUGACAUCAAUGGAAACUCAUGCAUCACUUUUGAAAACCCACAGAUCAUUCAGCAAAAUGAUGAAAGAAAACAGAUUAUGAGGAACGUUGAAGAGGUUGAACAUGAAAGAAAUCACUUAUUUCUGAAUGAGUUAGCUCAAGCUGCACCAUCAGUAGUACUUACCCUAGCUUUUGGGACCCUGGUGUGAUGGAAGAGAAUAUAUUUGCCAAUGGAAACUGCGAUGAGCUUCAACCUAUGGUUCAGUUAGUUAUGGAUGAUCCAUCCAAUGUUUAUUAUUAUGAUUGUAUAUAGUUAUAUUUAAAUUGAUGUUCAAAGCAUUUUGACCCUCCGAUACCCAACUUUUCUUUGGGUUAAAAUUGGAAACUUUGAUCUGAGAUAUUAUUGUACCGUAUAAACAGAUUACAUGUUUUGACAUUAUUUUCAUUGUUUGAUUUGUUGUUUUGUCUUGAAUACAGCUUUCUGGGGUUUUAGCUACUUUUUCAGGUUAAAAACCCUAAAUUAGAUCUUCUACAA